ACCACAUAAGCUUUGAACAAGCAAACAUGAAGAAAAUGUCCUACUUUACAUUUAAUUAAAUCCUAAUGAAAUUCUAUAAAAUAGCACAAGUAAUAGGAUUAGCAAUUAUUCAUUAUCAGGUUGAAUUUUGUAGCUGAUUUCUUCAAGAAAAAAUAAAUUAAGAAAAACAAAAAAAAAGAAAAAAAGAAAAAAGUUGUCGGUGAAGAAUGGGAUUCGUAGCUUUGUUCAUGGUGGCUCUAAUGCCGGUGUUGAAGACGUUGCUGUUAACAGCAGUUGGUCUAGUUCUUGCUGUGGAUCGCAUCAAUCUAUUGGGUCCAACUGCAAGACAUAAUUUGAACAAUAUGGUGUUUUACGUAUUCAGCCCCUGUCUUAUGGGCGCCUAUCUUGCAAAAACAGUAACAUUUGAUGUUAUGAUUAACAUGUGGUUCAUGCCGGUAAACAUCUUGAUCACAUUUGUUAUCGGAUCAGCACUUGGAUGGAUACUGGUCAAGAUUACUAAAGCACCCAUUAAUCUGCAAGGCCUUGUUAUUGGAUGUUGUGCUGCAGGAAACUUGGGGAACUUGCUUCUUAUAGUCAUCCCAGCGAUAUGUAAUGAGCCAGAUAAUCCCUUUGGUGAAUACUCAGUUUGCAUGGGCGAUGGAGCAGCUUAUGUUUCUGUUUCCAUGGCGGUAGGAGCCAUUUACAUUUGGUCAUAUGUGUAUGUUAUCAUGAAAAUAUCAGCAGAGAAGAGCAACCGCGUUGAGAGAUUAGAUACUCAUCAUUCUGUAGUCACUAUAAGGUCUUCUGUUGCGACUUCAGACAGCAAAGAACCAUUAUUACUCUCCAAGGUAGGAGGACCUGUGCCUAUGUUGGAAAAGAUCAAGAAUGGUGCAUUUGGUUUCGUCAGAAGAAUCAGAAGUAUUAACUUACAGAUGUUAUUCGCACCAACAACUAUUGGAUCUGUCAUCGGAUUUGUGGUUGGAGUAGUCCCUCUACUAAAGAUGUUGUUGGUUGGUAACAGCGCUCCUCUUCGUAUUAUAUUCAGUGCUUCUGAAAUACUGGGGGGAGCAACAGUUCCCUGUGUGACACUAAUAGUUGGAGCAAACCUUCUAAGAGGGUUAAGAAGAUCAGGAAUGAGCGCGUUACUAAUCAUAGGGAUAAUAGUGGUCCGUUACAUAGCAUUGCCUUUGAUUGGUAUCGUCGUUGUUAGAGGUGCUCACCACUUUGGUUGGGUAGGAUCAAACCCAUUGUAUCAGUUUGUUCUUAUGCUUCAGUUUGCUCUACCACCAGCAAUGUCUAUUGGUACAAUAAGCCAACUCUUUGAGGCGGGUGAGGGUGAAUGCUCGGUGGUUAUGCUAUGGACGUAUGCUAUGUCCGCGUUAGCCCUUACACUUUGGUCCACACUGUUUAUGUGGCUGGUGUUAUAGGGUUAUGCAUCUCUUGGCAAUGGCAUUGGUAUAGAAAUGAAUCCUCAUGUGCCACACAACAAUGGAAAUUGUUGCAUGUGUUAGUGAUAUUUGAGUAUAAAAUUGUAAUCAAUGAUCAGAUUAUGGAGCCUGUUAAUUUCUGUUAGGAUGGCUGAAGAGCAACAUUAUGUACGUGUGCCAUCAAGAAUAGGAUACCCUAUCUAAACCUUGUUAUGGGUCCUUAAUAUGAUGUAAGCUGAAACUGUUAAUCUAGAACUCAGGACGAUCCGAGUUCAAAUUUGUUAUGGUAAAUGAUAAGACUGUUCAUUUUUUUUUUUUGUUAAA